AUGACAUCUCCCACUGACCAUAAAGCCAGAUAUCACCUGCGUCUUUUUGGAGAUCCAGAAGCACCCUCAGCGGGUUUGGCUGGUAUAGGUAGAGCACUAAGUGGCAAGGCCGAGGCGGCACUACUGGACUGGUUCCCGAUUAACAGCCGACUAUGUGCAGGUCGGCUUUGGGGUUCAUGUAGAAUCAACAAGCAUCGCGAACAGAGACGCAACUUGUUUGUGAUCUCCGUGUACACUCCCAAUGACUGCGGUGGCGACUCGGUCAAGGACGAAUUCUACCGGGAUCUACAACAGCUCUUGACUAACGCUAAAAAGUCGGAUGUCGUUAUCCUUUCUGGGGAUUUCAACGCACGGGUUGGCCACCUUGGUGGUCAUCACGCGCUCAAUGAGAACCGCUCUGAUAACGGAGAGAGGCUUCUCACAUUGUGCGAAGACAACCAACUGUUUCUCUCGAGCACUAACUUCAGGUGUACGAAGAAGCGUUCUACAACGUUACGUACCUCUUCGCCAACACAACCGUGGUCUCAAAUUGAUCACAUUGCAAUUAGUUUCAGAUGGCGCGGUAGCGUACUGGAUUGA